CUCUUAUUUUUAAACUUUUAAAACCACAACGCCCUCCUUUCAGAUCCCUCCCUUUCAAAAUUUUUACCCCGCCAACGCCAAUAGUCAACCCCCCUUCUCUCUCUUCUUAACGGUCCUCCCCCUUUCCCCCCUUUCUCAAGCCGCUCCGCCUCUCUCUACAAUUCUCUUUCUAUCACUCUCUCAAGGAUGCCGCAAUCUUCUUCCAACAAGAUUCAAGAUCCUUCUUCUAGACACUACACUUAUAGCCGCAAACAGAAAUCUCUUGGCCUUCUAUGCUCAAAUUUCUUGAGCUUGUAUAAUCGAGAGGGCGUUGAGUCGAUCGGUCUUGAUGACGCAGCGACAAAAUUAGGUGUCGAGAGACGGCGAAUCUACGAUAUUGUCAAUGUUUUGGAAAGCGUUGGAGUUCUUGCAAGAAGGGCAAAGAAUAGAUACACAUGGAAAGGGUUUAAGGCAAUCCCUAGGGCUUUGCAGGAGCUAAAGGAAGAAGGUUUGAGGGAUGCUUUCACUACCUUCGAUGCCAACAAUAAUGCAAAAGUGUCGGAUGAUGAGGAUGAUGAUGAAGAGGAUGAAAGUUCAUCUAAUCCCAAUACUGGAAGCCAAAGCGAUAGUGUGAACGCUAGGCCUCUUCCAAAAUCUUCAAAAAACGAUAGCAGAAGAGAAAAGUCUCUUGGGCUUCUAACACAGAAUUUUGUCAGGCUCUUUGUCAGCUCUAAUGCAGAUAUGAUCACCCUCGAUGAAGUUGCAAAGUUACUGCUCGGGGAUGCCCACAAUUCAUCAAUAAUGAGAACGAAAGUAAGGAGGUUGUAUGACAUUGCUAAUGUCUUGUCUUCCAUGAAUCUUAUUGAGAAGACCCAUACUACAGAUAGCAGGAAGCCAGCUUUCAGGUGGUUGGGGGUUAAAAAGUUGGAGAUUGGUUAUGCUGAUUCGUUGAUCCUUAAUGAAUCUAAGAAGAGAACAUUUGGAACUGAUGUUACUAACAUCAGUUUCAAAAGGAACAAAGUGGACUCUUUGAUAGAUGGGAAUAUAAGCCAAAGUAUUAAAAUGGAAAAUCAACUGCAAGUUGAUGAUUUGAUAAAGGUGGUUGAUAGAAGCAAUGUUGAAAAUGAUGGAAAACAGUGUCCAAGCAGUUACCAGUUUGGUCCUUUUGCUCCGGCAAUUGUGCCGGAAGUUGAUCCCUUAAAGAAUAAUGCAAAGAGGACAUAUGACUGGGAGGGUUUAGCUUCUGUGUAUUGUCCUCAAUAUCACAACCAAGCUCUUAGAGACCUUUUUUCUCAUUAUGUGGAAGCUUGGAAAUCAUGGUACACUGAAGUUGCUGGGAAGAAGACAAUACAACAAAUUUCAUGAAUGCUUUGCCUCCUCUUAAACUUUCCUAAUGAGCACAUAAUUCAUUACAGCAUUGAGAUCAGAUUCCUCUCAGACAAGAAGAGAUGGCCUCAUGUUGGAUGCAUGCUAUGCAUCAAUCAACAUAGGAAUGGCUAUCCUCAGAGUAGUUUUAUUCUAGUGCCCACACAUGUACACAUUUAGUCAAUGUGCUAAUUCAUUAUAUUGCAAUUCCAUCGACCAUGUUCUUUCAAUCGUUUAUCUUAGCAGAGGCUGAGAAUGUGCUGUAUCAC